UUUUUAAAAAAAUAUUUUUGUUUAAUUAUUUUCUUUCCCCCUUAUACCCCCCUUGGUUGUUCGCUCAUAUGCAUCCGCAUGCCUGGUUAAUCACGGAGAUGAGCACGCAAUCCACCACAUUAAUGACAACGUCGGUAACCUGGUCGUUGUUGUUGCCAGACCCUUGGCCACGCAUCUCCUAUUCAUCUAAAGCUCUCCCCACCAAGGGUCUCAUGUCCCUUUUGAGCUUCCCUGGUGUGAUAACGAUUGCCUCUUCCUUUCGUCUUAUCACCUUCGGUUUGCGGCGUUGCUCUUUCAUGUUCCAAUCGUUCCGUUACUUACAUCUAUCUACUCACCAACAGCCGAUAAACCCCUCAACUAUUCGCUCCCCGACCAAAUGAUCUCGUAUUCAGCUCAUCCAAUUUAUCCUCCUAUCUCUUAUGGACCUGAUGAUCUGGGUCAUGCCCCGGGGGCUCUAACCCCCUCAGAUGUCUCAUCGUCUAUAUCACCCCCGAAUGGUCAACUCGGCAAUACCAAGUACAGCACACAAAUCCCCGGUGAUCACCUCGCUUCCGCCCUCUCGCAAGAAGAACAUGUUCGCCGUGCCGCUGAAGAAGACAGGCGGCGGCGGAAUACCGCGGCUAGCGCCCGGUUCCGCAUGAAGAAGAAACAGCGCGAACAGACGCUAGAACGGACAGUGCGAGAGACCACCGAAAAGAACGCCUCUCUCGAGGCCCGCGUGGCCCAACUAGAGAUGGAAAACCGAUGGUUGAAGAAUCUCUUGACGGAGAAACACGAAGCCACGAGUACUCGCGGGCCACAUCCUCCAGAAGACAGCGCAGCCAUGAACCAAAAAGGCAAUGGCGGUGGACACGGGCAAAAACAUAUCCAGCCAAAAAAGAAGGGAGUGGGUACUGAUAACUAGAGACUAAAGCAAAAGAUGUCCUGUCUCUCUAUUAUCUUGCUUCUUCGUUUUUCUUAUUUUGACUUUCCCUCCUCCCCUCUGACAUGACUCCAUGCUCAUGCUUUGGACUAUAUUGAUAGGCAAUUGUUUUCAGCUCCCCUCUUCGCAUCUGGCUUUAUAUCCUUCAUCUAUAUUUAGGCUGGUCGUCCGUCCUACGAUGGAGGCACUUGACGAUUUAAUGACCUUUUUCCUUACUGUUUCUGUUCGUUGGGUGCGAGUGCGAGUGGGAGACCUGAGACUUGAUGUCGUGAUCUAGGUUGUUUGGGUUUUUUUGCGUGGUUCUCCUUUGAUUUCUUUUAUUUUCCAUCUCUGCGCUCUUUCUUUCUUUCAUUUUCUUUUCAUUGGUUACUUUCGGUGAAUCUUGCGGGCAAGUUGGGGUGGCUUACGAUUCUCUUGUGUCUUGACAGGUUAGGGCAAGGACCGCCUCUGUCCUCAUAAAUGCUCACCCGCAGUUGGCGUAAAAGGAUGGGAUUCAGUUACUGUCGGUGUUGAAUUUGGCAAACCCAUGUCUUACUUUUAGCUUUUAGCGUAUGAAUCUCCCAAGACCGCUGUUAGCUCGGCUUGAACCUGUGGUAGGUCCUAGAACUGAGCAUCAACUGGUGGCUUUCAGUUUUUCAUUUCAUUCGAUGUUCAUCCAUAACCCUCCCUGGGUGCGAAGUACAGGUAAGAGGUAUAAGAGGUAUAUAGGGCAUUAGAAUGAAU